UGACUUGAUAUGUUAAAUAUUGUUUUUAGCAUGUUACUAUUCUUGCUAUUUGUCCAUAAAUGGUUUUGAUUUUUAGUUUUCCUGUUUUUGUCCUCAAAAUAUUGUAUUUUGGAAUUGGAGUUGCAUUCAUUUUUGAAAUAAACUGCCAAAUAUCUUAAUCUAGAAAACUUUUCAUAAUAUGAAAUCAUCUAUCCCUUGGAAAUUUGAAUUGACUCACACAAAGAGCUACCAGGAUCGACAUACGGAAUCUUUAUUGGAAAUAAUUUUGGGUAGAUUCUUCAUUUUUUCCCAUUGCUACUGAAUUUCUCAUAUUUUCUACUUUUAAGAUCAAUUUUGGUGACUUAGAUCAAGGUUUGAAGAUUUAAUUGCAUAGAAAUUUAGUAGCCUUAUUUAAAAGGACCCUUCCUUAUAGAUGUCUGUUUCCCCCUCUCAAUUUAUGCUUGUAUUUUCCAUCCUUUCAGUCUUUUGUAGACUUCUAGUGGUGUUUUAUUUAUUGUGCCCCCUACCCACCAAACAACUGAUUUCAGAACUGUUCAGAAUUUCUAAGGGCUUUUAUUUUGCCAGUUCGUAAUUUGUUCCUGCCAUUAUUAUUUUCACUUCUUCCUGUCCUUUUUCAACUUUUAAAAGUUGAAUGUGAUUCCAUUUAUUAGAUUUUCUAACAGUAUUCGUGCCAUGAAUUUUGUUACUGUACACGAUUGUUGCUAAUAUUAUUUGCAAAUGUAUGUAUUUAAAAAGUUUCCCUAUGAAUUUGCAAAACAUGAGGUUCUCGUGUGUGUCCGUGCAUAUCUGUGCGCACAUGCAGGCAGUGGUUGGGCUUGAAUGUUUAUUACAGUAAGAUAAUUUUACAAGAUAGCUUGUGAAAAGACUUAAGAGUAAGUUGAUUCAGGCGAGCUUCUAUAAUCCCAGAAAGGAAAUGCUUCCUCCUGUUCAUAAUUAGCAGAAGUAAGAGCAACUCCUAUUACCCUUUCGAAUUUACUCCAAGUUUCUGUAAAAUUUUGGUUAGAACAUUCUCACUUCUGUGUCAUCAGCUCUUACUGCUAUGUUUUGAGCUUAUUUCCUCUUCUUUCUUCUUCAAAGCCAUCGGAGUACAAAGUGGGUGUUCUUAGUAAUCAUUUACAUGCUUGAAGAGAUGCAGUACAUUAUCUGAACCUCUCAUAUUUUAUUUCUUUCACCAAUCAUUUCACUUUGCUUUUGGCUGAUUGUUGCUUUUCCUGAUUAGCUCUUAAUGGAAAAACAAAGACCCUUUGCUUUUAUAAGAGUUUGGUUAAUGCUGACUAUCAGAAGGAGCUCUGAAAUGUUAACAGUUUUUAGCUGCUUCACCUUAGUGCUUUGUGUCUUUUUCUACCUAGUUACCCAGACUGCCUUUCCUCUCCAUCUGUCUGUGGCAUAUUCUCUGUUGGUUGAUGAUCAUUCUAAGUUUGUCAUUCCUUCUAAACAGCUCAUUGAUUGGCUGGACUAAAAUCUAUUUUAAUAGUCUUUUAUUGUCACUUAUUUAGGGCAUGAGGUUCUUUUUGAAAAUGGACUUUAUGUUAGAACAGUAUUAGUUUCUUAGAAACUCUGAGUGGAAAGUCCACUAACUUCCCAUAUACCCUGUUGCACACCUCUCUGGCAUUUGUUAGAAUUGUUGAACCCACACGGAUAUGUCACUACUGCUCAGGGCACACAAUUCCCCCUUUGCUCGUGGAGUCCAUCCCACAGGUCUGGACAGGUCUGUACUGACAUCUGUCUGCCAUGUGACAUGCAGUGGUUUACUGCCCUUCAAAUCCCUUGGGUGGCACCAUUUUUUUUUCCCUCUGCCUUAUCUGCCCCAGCACCCAGCAGUCACUCAUCUCCAUAAUUUUGCCUUUUCCAGAAUAUCAUACCUAUAGAUAGACUCAUAGAGCAUUUAGAUUUUUCAGAUUGGCUUCCUCCACUUAGUAAUAUGCAUGCAAAUUUCUUUCAUGUCUUUUCAUGGCUUGACAGAUCAUCCCUUUGAACUACUGAGUAAUAUCCCAUUGUCUGGGUACAUUAGAGUUUUUUUUUUUUCUUUUUUUCCAAAUCCACUUACCUACUGAAGGCAUCUUUGUUCCUUCUAAGUUUUGUUUUUUUUGGCAAUUGUGAAUGAAGUUGCUAUAAGAAUCUGGGCGAAGACAGAGUUACAGGGAGAGGUGGAGACAGAGAGAGAGAGAGUUUUCAUCUGCUGGUUCACUCCCCAGAUGGCUGCAAUGGCUGGAGCUGCACCAAUCCGAAGCCAGGAGCCAGGAGCUUCUUCUGGAUCUCCCACACGGGUGGAGGGGCCCAAGGACUUGGGUCAUCUUCUCCUGCUUUCCCAGGCCAUAGCAGAGAGCUGGAAUGGAAGAGGAGCAGCCGGGACUAGAACGCGCCCAUAUGGGAUGCCGAUGCUUCAGGCCAGGGCUUUAACCUGCUGCGCCACAGCACCAGUCCUGGGUUUUCUUCUUACUAACAUAUCUAACAAUUUGAUUAUUAUCCUUAUAGUUAGUUCUUUGUUCCUAUUUCUGGUUAGUUAUGAAAUUCUAAAUAGAAUUGCUGAAUCAAGAAAUAUCCACCUUGUUAGGCUUGAUAUCUAUUAAGAAAGGAUAAACUAAUGCUUUUUUUUUUUUUUACCAGCAGUAAGUUUAUAUUGUUAGUAUUUUAUAAUAGAGGAAAUUGGAGAGACCUCAGAUUACCUCCAACUGACUGGCUUACAGCAUCAGAAAUGUAUUUUUUUCAGUGUUCUGGAAGACAAAAGUCUGCAAUCAAAGUGUCAGCCAGGCCGUGCUCCCUCUGACAUUCUGGGAAAGAAUAUUUGCUGCCUCUUCUGGCAUCUGGUGGCUGUGGCCAUCCUUGGUGCCCCUUGAUUCGUGACACAUCACUGUCGUCCCUGCCGCCAUCUUCACAUGCUAUUCUCUCUGUGUGUCUGCUGGCCCUCUUCUGUGGCCUUCACUAAUUGGACUUAGAGUCCACUCUAAUCUGAAAUGACCUCAUUUUUAACUAAUUACACCGGCAAGGACUUGUUUCCAGAUAGUCACAUUCUGAGGUUCCAGGUGGUUGUGAACUUGGGAGAGACACUGUUUAAUCCAGUACAGUCACGCUGAUUUUAUUUUUUGCUAUUCAAUUAAAAAUGAAAAUAUUACUGGAGAAGUAAUAAUUCUAGGCAGCAGCCACAGCAGUGAUUGGUCAAAGCGCUGUCCUCUUUCCCUUUAUGUUGCUGUCAUCUUCAGUGACAAACUUGAUAGGCUUUUGCUUAUUCUUUAUGAAUGCAAAUAUGAAAAAGUCAUAUCUUCAAUAACAAACUUUCCUCUAACAUUUAAAAAAAAUUCUGUGGGUUUACUUAGACCUGAGGUAAACAGCUUUCCUCUUAAUUCUAUUGCUAAUACUGUUCCUAAUCUUUAAUGCCUCCUAGUAUUUUUUAUUCUUGAUAGCUAAAAAACAUUUGAAAGUUAACUGUAGUUAUCCAGUCGUCAAUUGUAGAUGGUAUGAAAAUGAGAGACAAGGAGCAGACAUUUGGUGCAGUGGUUAAGCUGCUGCUUGGGACGCUUGCAUCCCAUAUCAGAGUGCCUGGGUUUGCGUCCCUACACCCUUUCCAAUCCAGCUUCCACCUGGUGUGCAUCCUGGGAGUCGGCAGGCGAUGGCCCAAGUACUUGAGUCCCUGCCACUCACAUGAUAGACCCAGAUGGAGUAUGGGUCUCUUAACUUGGGCCUGUCCUAGCCCUGGCUCUUACAGCAAACUGGGGAGUGAACCAGUGGGUAGAGAUUCUCCCUCCCUCCCUCUCCCUCUUCUCCCUUUCCCUCCCUCCUUUCCUUCCCCUCCCUCCCUCCCUUUUGCUGUCUGUGCUUUCUAAACUAGCUAAUAAAUCACUUAAAAAAAAAAAAAAAGAAAAUAGUUAUGGUGGUUUUCAAAACUGUCCUCUGGUUUUCCAGGUUUCUCCCUUCUGUGCCUUCGUGCUAGCACACACUGCCUUGAGAAUGUCAAAAGGCAUUUGACAUACAUUUUCCCAGCAUAAUCAAGUACCUCACUGUCUUUCUGUCAGCAUACCUAAAAACUCAGCACAGUAUCAUGUAGGGAGUGCUAUCGGGAACAAUCUGAUGGUUAUUAUUUGAUGGGAGGAGGGUUGUCAGCAAAAGCUGUGGCCAGGAGCUGAGAUUGGAUCGGUUUUUGUUUUCAGUACCAGCUUCCAUAGCAUAAACCCAUGGUUGUUUAGAACGCUGUUUCUGCUCUGAUGUGCUGAGCCACAUUUCAAGGCUGAAUUUCAUACCUGGGAUUGCUGAUGAUGUGGUUCAGCCUGUUUGAUCAUUUAUUUAAUGCAUGGUGACAGGGAAGCUAACUUCUUAGUUGCUGCUCUGAUUAGGCCUGGUCUAUACCAGGUGUAGUGGAAUUGGGGUGAGGGAGCCAGGUGCAGUGCACUGUGACUUCAGAGACAGGUUGAACUGGCCAAGAGGCUGGCAUUUGUAUCCUGAAUAUUACUCCCAGGGUGUGUGGUUUUCAUUGUUGCUUUUUUUUUUGUUUGUUUGUUUUAAUUUUUAAUUAGUUUUUUAACAGAUUCAAUAUAGUUUGUACUCACAGUCCUUCAUCCCUGAAACUCACACCGCUUGUUGUGGGCUGGAGAGCCGCUGGUUGGCCAAGAAGCCUGUGCAGUUGUCCCCAGUAGAGGAGCAUCUGCGGUGCAUAGGGUUGCAUAAGGAAAUUGCAACACAGCUGGGCAGCUCCAGAAGGUCACAAAUAAGGCAUUUGGGUGUCUCUGCUUCCUGAGAGCUGCAGGAGAGCAGCCAAAACUCAUCUGCAGGGUCUGAGACUUGCACAAGAAAUUUUUCUGAGCAUCCUGACAUCAUUAUGAGAAAAAUAUGGCUGACAAGUGUGGGACUCAGAUACCCACUUUAAAGGCUUCUGAGUGUGUUUCUGAAUCCUCUCUCAAAGGAUGCUGGAAGGGAAGCAGGAGAGCGUGAAUGAGUGACAGGGAAGAAGAAAGCAAUCGAGUGGGGAGGGGGCUGUCUUUUAGAUGGCUCCACAACCCCUUGCAUGAGUCAGAGAGAGACACAUGGCGCAAUGUCAGCAAGAGUAACACUUAGAGAUUUGAAUACUAAGUGUGGAUUUUCAUGGGCUGGGAAAUGUGGUCUAGAACUCCCACUGUAAGGUGAACCACAGGUGCAGGAGUUAUAAAAGCCAUCAGCUGGGGCUGGGGUGGCAUCCUGGGUUAAGCUGCCACUUUUGAGGCUGGCAUCCCGUAAGGGUGCUGGUUUGAGACCAAGCUGCUCCACUUCUCAUUCACAUCUUGAUAAUGGCCUGGGAAAGCAGCAAAAGAUGGCCCAAUUGCUCGAGUCCCUGCACCCACCUGGGAGACAGGGAAGAAACUCCUGGCUCCUGGCUUUGGCCUGGCCCAGUCCCAGCCAUUGUGGUCAUUUGGGGAGUAAACCAAUGGAUGGAAGAUACCUCUGUCUCUUCUUUCUGUCUCUGUAACUAACUAACUAACUAACUUCCUUCCUUCCUUCCUUCUUUCGUUCAUUCUUUUUAAAAGAUUUAUUAAUUUAUUUGAAAGGCAGAGUUAUAGAGAGGCAAAGAGAGAGGCCUUCCAUCCACUGGUGCACUCCCCAGAUGACCACAAUGGCCAGAGCUGGGCCAAUCCGAAGCUAGGAGCCAGGAGUUUCUUCCUGGUCUUCCACGCAGGUGCAGAGGCCCAAGGACUUAAGCCAUCUUCUACUGCUUUCCUAGGCCAUAGCAGAGAGCUGGAUUAGAAGUGGAGCAGCCAGGACGUGAAUCAGCACCCAUAUGGGAUGCCGGCAUAGCAGAUGGUGGCUUUACCCGCUACGCCACAGCACUGGCCCCGACUCUGCCUUUCAAAUAAAUAAAAAAUAAACAUGUUUUAAAAAAGCCAUCAGUCCAGGCAGGAGAGGGGAUAAGAAAUAAAGAAACCAGCCUGUCUGCCUGUAAGCCCAGGAGAGAUGGGAGCCAAUGUUUCCCUUAACAGGAAUCCUAUGUUUUGCAGGUUGUGCCUCCUGGGAGGCAGCCUGUGAGGUGGAGUUUGGUGCAUGGAAUACUUAUUAGGAGCACCCUUGAGAUCUGCAUCUAGGGACGGGUGAGGAAGGAGCCACAGAGGGUGCAGCACGGGCCCCAGCCUCUGUCCACUCCACAGGGAGCUCUGCAGCUAGAAUGGACUGUAAGCAUGUCCAGAGCUGGGUGGAGAUGGCCAGGCCUUCGUGCUCCUGGAAGAAAAACUCAGCUAACUUCCCUGUAAGGAACAUAGACUUCUGAGCAGGGUCCCCUUCUUCUCUACUAUCCCCAGAAAUCAUUCACUUCUAUUCAGAAUGACUGGCCUAAGCCUUUGCUCUCUGGGGUAAGAUAAGGUAACAACGAGGGAGGUGCCUCGGGCCUGUUAGCCAUCGUUCUCUCCACCAAAAGAACAGCCUGCUACAGGAAAACUAAUUAGCGUUUAGCCUGUUACCGCCUGCCAUCAUCUGCUUGCCAGCACACAGUGAAAGGCAGUUACAGAGAUUGGCACCAUCAGCGUGGUGGUGUUUAUGCCCCGAAAGGAUGAUAAAGCUAAUGUUGAGCAGGGAUUUCUUUGGGACUCUGUUUGCCAAAAAAUUAAUUCCUGUACAGAGAAAGAAUAUGUUUUUCAUUCUAUGUCAGGCCUUAUCUUCCACUGAAAGUUGGAAACUUGGUAAUAACCUUGGCCGGGAGGAAGUGAAAUGUGAGCUCCUUUGGAGAAGCUGUUUAGGGAGAAAGUUUGGCUCUUUUUGUGAGGAACAUGCCUUUAUAGGGAUUAAUUUUUUUUUAAAGCAAAGAUUAUACAUCAAGGUCUUUGGGACUGGAGAAUUUAGGCUAAAAAAGAAGAAAGGAAAAGUAGUGCUUUGUUAUGAUCUUAUUUUCUUUUUUUUCUCUAACACUGUUCAUUUGACUUAUGUUUAAAUGAAUUGAUAUAGAAUAAGAUGGACUAUUGUGCUUCUCAUUCAUAGAAAGCCAUGGUGGCUACUGGCCAUCAUGGUGGUCAGAGUGGGUAUCAAGCAUUUCCAGCAUCACAGAAAGUUCUAGUGGACUGUGUUGUCCAAAGCUGAAGAGCCUUAGAGACACUUGGACUGUUGGAGUCACAGUGUCAAUUGUGGUGCCCUAGGAACCUAGAAAAAAGAGCUUUUGCAGAGAAACUUACAGAUUGAGCUACUUUUGAAAAAAGAGCUAAGCUGCCACAUCCAGAAGGACCACUCUGAUGUCCAAGGGUCUGACUGUACCAAGUCUGAUUUUCCUGGAUCAGUCAAUAGGUAGAGUAUCAGUUCCUGGAAAGUGCUGUCCAUGGAUGGCUUUUCAAGCCAGUUAGUGCUUGAUUUUGUUUAUUGAGAUGGUUGGAGCCUUUUUCCUUUUGGUAAGUACUUUAGCUUAAGCCAUGUUGUGUUUGCCAUUAUCUUUUUGCAAGAUGGGUGUGAUCAUCUCCGAGGAAUGUAGUGUGGGGUGGUGGAAUGUUUUUACUACACUUUGAGAUCAUAGCGAGAUGUUUGCAGUGUAGCAUUAAAGGGCCCUGUAAACUAGGCUUUGGAAGUUGUGCUUGAACUUGGGAUUUAAAUCCCAUUGCCCAUUAGCAUCUGUGUUGCACUUGGACCUUCAUUUUGUUGGGUAGCGGUGGUUUUAGUAUAGAUGAGAUGUGGUGGCACUUUAGUGCAAUCCUCAAAUGUCUGUUUUCUAGAUUACCAGAGCCAGCAACCCAUAGCUUGAGGAUUACCAAGUCCAGUCUAAUGAAGUUUUAUUGGAACACAGCUACAUUCAUUUGUGUGUUAUCUAUGGCCACUCUAACCCUGUGGUUGCAGCUUUGCGACAUAAAGGCCUGCAAAACUGAGAAUGUUCUGGCCCUUGACUGAAAAAGUUUGCCAGCCCAGAUCAUAGACAGAUGAUUGGAGUUCCUUUCCAGUGAGGAAGCAUCUAUGCAGGACCAGGUCUGCAAAAGGGCUUUUAGGGUAAGCUGGGGAUUUCCCCAUUCUCCUAAAGCUUUUUGAGGCUGUAUAAUUAAGUAGACGACAAUAGGCAGGGUAAUUAUACUUUUUUGGGUCUCAAAGAUGUGAUGUAACUUCCUGGAAGUAUGCUUCUCCAGUUCUUUGUCUUUCUCAUUCUUUCUGGAAGACUGUUUCAUAUUUUCUGCUAUCUUUUGUAUCUGCAACAACUGCUCCUCCUCAUUGCUCACCUGAUAAGCCUGUUUGCCUCUUUAAAAAAUAUGCACUUAACUGAGAAGCAGAGAGAGAGAGAGGGGAGAAAGAGCUCUCAACUGCAGGUCCGCUCCCCCACAUGCCUCCAGCUGCCAAGGGUGUGGGCCAAGACUGGCACCAAGAACGGGGAACUCAAUCCAGGUUUCUCCUGUGCAUGGCAGGGACCUAUUCCUAGGCUCUGCAUUAGCAGGAAGCUAGAAUCAUGUGCAAAAUCAGAACUCAAAGCCAGACACUCUGAUAUGGGAUGAAGGCAACCCGAGCUGUGUCUCAACCAGUAGGCCAAAUGCCCACCUCUCACUUGCUGCUUUUACUGAGAUAAGUGAAGGCAAAUGAAGAGAGCUUUCACAGCCUUUCACUACUGCAUCACUCGAUCCCAUGGUGCCUGAACCCAUAUGCUCUGCUGUCCCAUCAGUCACCACAGAGGAACUGGCCUCUGUCUCCAGCCCCUUCUUCCAAAUGUACCCUGGGUUUCAUUCCUUUCACCUUCUUCAGGCCAUUGCUCCCCACUCCCUUCUGUGUCACUUGUCUUGUCUUUCUUCUGGGUCACUUGAUUCUGUUCCAGCCUCUGCCAGUUGCGGCUCCUAUAACUUUGCUCCUCUUUGCAGCAGAUCUUCAAGAAGUCAUUCACAUUCACUGUCAAUGUCUUCUCAUCAGCCCCUCUCUUUCUCAUCCUCUCUAGCUUUUGUCCUGAUCACUUGCUCAGUGAAAAUGGCCUUGUCAAAGCUCCCAUUCACCCUCAUGUCACUCAGCCCAGUGGUCAGUUUUCAGUUCUUAUCAUCCUUGGCAUGGCCGAAGCACUGGACACAGCUCUGCAUGCCCCCACCCCCGGUGUAUGGUCUUUACGGAUCACCCGUGCCUGGAAAACCUGGAUGCAGUUCCCAGUUUUGGCUCCAGUCCUGGCCCACCCCUGGAGUUUCAGGCAUUUGGGGAGUGAACCAGCAGCUCUCUCUGUCAUUUCCUCCAGUGUCAGGAGGCACCUCUGCGAACAUCACAUCUGUCCUCCACAGUGUAGUUUUGCAUCCUUUUCUUCCUUUUCUCUCUUUCUCUGUCCCCUCUGUACUUGAGUGGUAUCAGCCAGUUUUAUGGCUUGAUUUACAGCUCAUUGGCUCAUCCAUCCCAGUUUUUUUCUACCAGAGGUCUCCCUUCCAAGACUCACACUUGUGUAUCAGCUGCCCAUUAGACAUUUCUGCUCUGCUAGCCAAGAGAUGCCUUGAAUGUGGCACUGGGAGAUGGAGGUGCCCUCUAGCCUCUUCCAGACCUUCACAUUUGCCGGCCCAGUCAGUGGGGAGGCUACCCUGCCAGUUGUUCAGGCCCUAAAUGGUGGAACCCUAUUCCCCGACCCAACCAUGCGCCCCAAGUGUUGCUUAUUAGGAAAUUCCAUCUACUUUGUCUUUGUAAACCUGCGAAUCAACUCUUUCCUGGGUGGCACAAAAGCCUUCAUUCUCUCCAUCUUGUCUCUUAUUUCCCUGCAUUCUGUUGUCAACAUUGAACUAUAGAUGGCCUUUCAAAAUCUUAGGUUAUGCCACUCUGCUGCUCAAAACUCAAACAUGGGUCCCUCUUUCACUUAAAAGUCCUUCCAGUGGCCUUCAAUGUCCUGCACCCUCCGUCCCUCCUACUCCUUCCCUCUAGAUGCUCUGCCCCUUAGCUGGCUGUUCCUGAAACACACCAGGAAAACUCUUGCCUCAGGGCCUCUCACUGUCUCUCUCUCUCUCUCUCUGGCUGCUCCAUUCUCUUCCCCCAUAUCUGUUCUGCUCACUGCCUCUUCCCCUUUAAGUCUGUGCUCAGUGUUGGUUUCUCAGUGGGACCUGCCAUUGCUGCCUCCGCUGAUUCCCUGGUCACCUGCCUGCCAGUCCCACCUAACACCACUCAACUUCUUGUUUUUCCAUAGCCCUGCCAGCUGACAAAUACAGUCUGUUUCCUGCUGCUAAACUCUGAUCUCCAACAAUGGGGAUUCGAGUCUAUUUUGUUGGCUGAUAGGGCUCAAGUGCCAGGACCAGGGUGUGAUUACUGGGCCCUUGUACACGGCGGGAGCUCAGUCUGUAUUAGUGCCGUGAAAGAAGAGGCUCUGGUGCAGUCUGGUGGAACUCUUCCCUGUGCCACCGAAGCACUAGCUCACUUGUCUUCCUGAUAGGGGCAGUGUGUCCCUGAGAGAUCAGACGCCACUUCUUUUAGUUUUACUUAGAGGGUAGGAAUGGACACAUAUGUCAGAGUGGUCAGUACAAUGGCUCCGCUGUCUUGGUCACUGUCCAAAGGACUUCCACAUGGCUGUGGAGUUAACUGUGGCCUGUGGUUUGCUCUUGUUGAUGUGACUGUAAGCAGGGGUCCCGGUGGAAGCUGCAGGGAGGAAGCAGGUCAGUGCUCACUGUUCCCUUGGCCUGUCUCUUUUUCCAGCUCUGUAGCUUUGGAUGUUGCUCCGUGUUCAGUUUGAGGAUCUGCUGCAGCUUUCACGGAUAUUCCCUCCCGGCGCUGGGUCAUUCUCUUCUCAUCAUCCUGUUCUCCUCCAGGAGAAUGUUUGCUGUCUCAGGGUCCUGUGAGCUCCCAAGGGAGGACUAGCUGCCCCACCACUGGGGAGCCACAGCACCUCCAUCAAUACCUUGUGUCGCAAAGUAGGGUGCUCAGUAAAUAAGGGAAUGCAACAGGGAUGAAUGAGUAAAUGAACAUCAGCCCUUCUCAGUUUCUUCUUUUACGGUAUGCUUUCUUGGAUACUGCUUGGAAAUUUGGGAGGUAUUUGGGAGCAAGGGGAGAUUGAGUUGCUGGCUGGGCUGCAGAAGAGGGUCGUUGAUAUUCUACUCUUGAUUGAUGUCCAAAGGUAGACAGGACACCUAGCGGAAGAUUCGGGAAAUGGAUCCUUUGAGGGAAACACUCAGCAAAUUAAGUUUUGGGCCCUUGAUUUUUCAUAGUAGCCCAGGGCUGAAGAAGCAGAUUGUCCUGAGCACAUACACGGUGAGGAAGCAGAUGAUCCCCGCUGCGUUCAGACUGUGGGGUGAGUCUGGGUACUGGGGCAGACAGCAGGCAGUGCCUCUCCAGGCAUUGGUUGGCAUGAAUUGAAGUCUUGUCUUUCUUCUGAUUGAAAGAGGAGUUCUUCUGGGCCAGGUACCUGGAGAAAGAGAGGAGUUGGGAAUGACAGCAUCAGAUGUGAAUGUGUGUGUCUGUGAGGGGGUAGGAGAGAAAAGAUGCUCUCAGGAGGGCUGGCCCCUGGGCUAGUUUUGGUCCCAGGUAGGGGCAGGGGAGAAGGUUUAGAAACCUGAGCUGCAGUUGUGUUUCUGCAGAGGCUUUUGUGUGACCUGUGAACCUAUGCAGGACACAUCAGGGCCCAAAGGCCAAGUGCCACACAGCAUAGUGAUGGGGCAUUCCUUGUACCUCUGCUCGGAACUCAGCGGCCUUGGGCAUCCUGGCGGAUCUUUUGGGAUAUCUCUGGGUCUGCUGCAGGGUAGGUGGACUAAAUAGAGUAGGAGUGACGUUGAGUCAGAUUGAAAUAGGACUCUGUGACAGGCUUGCAUGAACCUUUGUCCCCUGGUUGGUCCCCAUCGCUGAUUGUGUGGCCAUCCUCACGCAUCAUGGUAUCUGUGGCGUGAACUCAGUAGACACAUUCAGACUUGGUGCAAAUACGAGCACUGUCCAGGGGCCAGACCAUCCCGAGGUGUGUGGGCUCUAGGGUCAGGCAGACAUGGGCGGGUGCAAGUUCUGACUCCACUGUGCAACCUUUGGGAAGUUCCUACACCCGUUAAGCUUUGGUUUCCUCGUGGAUAAGAUGAGACUCAUAAGCUUGUGGUGAGUGUUUAAGGAGAUCAAAGAUGUAAAAGUCUAAUGUCCAAUAGCCAUUGUUACUGUUGUUAGUGUUAUAUAUUGUGGUGAGUAAGCUGGAAUCCAAUUUCUCGCAUAGAGGACUGCAUGAGUUUUGUGUCUGUGCUUUUUCUUUGACGUAUUUUCUCCCUGCAGAGUUUUAUGAGGGAGGCUCCUGUUACUCCUGUUGUUCACAGCGAGGAAACCAAGGCCUCACAGGAGAAGGCUGAGGUGCGGGAGUCACGCAUGCGGGGGCUCGUCCUGUGCACUGCAUUCACACUGGCAACGCCAGUGAAUGGCUUCAUUGAAAGCAUUUGUCACUUUGUUGGUUGCAGAAACUCAGGCUUACCAAGUCUGUGAUCAGCUGGCCUCAGGGUCUCUGUGGAAACUUCAUGGAUUCGAAAAAGUUACACAGGGUGCGACUCUGGCGUGACAUCCUGAAUUCAUGUAAAUCAGGCAGGAAAGAUACUUGGCCCCCACGCAUAGACACACCUCGUGGCAGCCUGGGUCGGAGGUGCUGCUACUGAGAGCUCGCUUCUAUAGACGGCUUCUCAUGUGUACUCACUUGAUGCUCCCUGCCAGCCCUCUGCUAUCUCCACACUUUACAGAUGAAGAAAUGGUGCUGGGGAGUUCAGUGACACGCCCCAGCCGGAGCUGAGUGUAGUCACGGAGCCAGGCCUUGAACCCUGGCAGCCAGCCUGCUCGCCCGUGCCGUCACCCUCUGUGCGGCCCUGGGGGGCGGUUGAUGAGCACAGUUCAUCAAAAACGAGCUGUGAUCCGCCGGAUGAAAGAGGAGGUCUGUGCACAUGUGAAUGUGCUUUUGUGAACCAAAAUGUGCUUCGGUUGUUUUCCCUGUGUGUCGGGGCAGAGGCACCGCGGACUCCCAGCGCGUCUGCACAGGGCUGAUUGAUGAGGGUUUGCUCCACUCCACCAGCUGGUCCACAACACGGAGCUUUUCACGUUCUGAGGGGGAGGAAAUGAAUAAACAGGCAUUUGGGAUGAAGCCGACCAAGUCUGUGGGUCUGGCGGAGAGACGAAUUCAGUUGAAAGGAGUUUUGACAUGCAGUGCAGGCUCUGCCUGACCCAGUUUUGCGGGAGAGUUCCCAGCAAACGAGAAUCAGGAGAUGAGAAUUUGCAUGUCAAUUUCCCAUUGGUUAUAGAUGCAUUUCCUGGUUUAGGUGGACUAAGCGAGAUGGCAGAGUCAUCCGGGUAUAAACAGUUGAUGGUCAUCCUUUCUCGACUUUAAAUGUAAUAAAAUUGCCAUCGAUUUUGGACAUUUAGAAUGUUUAUGUUUUAUAUUUUGAAGGAAUCUUCAAAUAUCCAUGGAAGAUAUUAUACAUAGAUAAUGUGAAACUUUGUAUAUAGUGUAUGUAUACACAAUGUAUAUAAAUAUGAACACAUUGUAUGGAUUUCAGAAAUUUUUUACACCUAAAAAACUUUUAAUCUCAUUUUUUUCAUAAACUUCUUGAAAUUCUCUCAUAUUUUGACUUUUAAUGCCUUGUAUAAGUGUGGCAGUCUCAUCCUAUAGGCACGUGAAGCCAUACUGCAUUUAAUUAUUUUUAAGUCAAAUACCACUAGGGAUCUUCUUUCCAUUGCUUUUUUUGUCCUUCAGAAGAAACAUAAAGCCAGAAUAUACUUGUAGAUUUAACAUGGCUGGCCAAGAUUUCUCUAAUGCCUCAGCAAGUUACCAGAAACAAAAGCUACGUGGCAGUGGUCAAGUAUGUGCCCAGCACAGCAUGACUAAAAGUAGCAUCAAGUUGUGGGGAUGCAAAUGGACGUGCUCUGCUUCUGUUCUAAGGGUCCCACAGCCCUUCCAGUUCUUCCUCACCUGCCCCUGCUCACCUGCUCUGGAAGGGGCAGCCCCUUCCCCAGCACCACUUCAGAUGACCUUGUUCCCCCCAAAUUCUCUGAACGUCUUUCUACUUUGGGGGAAGAAAUGAUUCAGAAAACACUUUGUGCUCAUGAAAAGAGACUGGUUUCAAAAGCUCUGGGUGGUCCCUGGUAGAUCCAUUUGGGAAGCAAGUAUGGGUAGGAAAGGAGGACAGGACAAGACAGAAAAAAAUGGUUGGAGAGUAUUGUAAUAUUUACUUGCCUUUAAAUCAGAAUAAAUGGGCAUCUUUCCACAAAAGCCAAAGGAGACUGCAAACUCAUUGCCCAACUCUAUGUAGGACACUCACCCCAUUCAUGCUGAGACUGAAAAAGAAAUAUUAAUGCCAGUUUAAAAAUCGCUUUUCAGAAAUCAGGGCCAGACUUGGACCUCAGAAAGAAGUGAUGUAAAGCUGCGUGAGAUGUGAGGGAAGAGGAAGACAGGAAGGAUCUGUGCAUAUGCACGUGCAUGUGUGUGUGUGUGUUAGGUAAUCCAGGUGUGUGCACAUCACGUGUGUGGGUGUUAGGUGAUCUGGGUGUGCAUGCAUGUGUGGGUAUUAGGUGAUCCGGGUGUGUGCACUUGCACGUGUGGGUGUUAGGUGAUCCGUGUGUGUGCACAUGCACGUGUGGGUGUUAGGUGAUCCGUGUGUGUGCACGUGCACGUGUGUGUGUGUUAGGUGCUCCGGGUGUGAGCAUGUGCAUGCACGUGUGUGUGUGUGUUAGGUGAUCUGGGAGUGUGCACGUGCACGUGUGUGUGUGUUAGGUGAUCCGGGUGUGAGCAUGUGCAUGCACAUGUGGGUGUUAGGUGAUCUGGGUGUGUGCACGUGCACGUGGGUGGGUGUUAGGUGAUCCAGGUGUGUGCAUGUGCACAUGUGGGUGUUAGGCUUUCCUGUUUCCAUCACUUGUAGACCAGUUCUUGUCCACGUGUCCAUUAGUGGUGCUUCGGUGCUCACAAAAGCUCCCUGUCCAAAUGAGGCAAGCAGCAAGUAUUUCAUGAGCAUCUACGUGUAGUACAGCCACCUGCAGGAGGAAGCACAGUAAGAAAACCACUGUUGUGAUCUGCAAGGAGGAAAGGAGAGUAGCCCUAGGGAAGAGAGCUGACCCCCUCUCCAGCUGUCCGUUGUCCUGACUGCUUGUCUGCAGCUCCACAGCGAUGGGAUUUUUGCUUCUUCUCUGAACGUCAGUGCCGCAGACUAUGGGAUGUGGAAUAAUCUGCAGAGUUUGAAAGGUUGCUGGGAGAGUGAUGUGAGACAGUGGGAGAGUGCAGGCUUCUUGGAGAGUCCUCUGUGGCUUGUGAGUACCCUCUUACAUAGAAGUCAUGAAUAGUAAGUGAGGAGUUGUGUUAAUUUUACUGGAGGAAGAGAUCUCAGUUCCACUACCUAACUUUCUGCCCCUACUCACAAGCAAACAUUUUGGAGGCCCAGGUCCGUGGAUGGACCAGGAGGGUGGGGAGGUCUCAGCGCUGUCCAUUGCCCUGCUGUAGAAACUACUCAGCCACAGAGCAGCUUGAAUGGGCAACAGGGAAGGGAGAGGGCACCAAAGAAUGUGCAGAACACAGCUCACGGGGCAGGCAUUGGGCCUGGUAGUUACAGCACUGGCUAAGAUUGCUGGGUCGCACAUCCAAGUGCCUGUGUUUGAUUCCUGGCUCUGGUUCCUGAGUGCAGUUUCCUGCUAAUGCAGUCUCAGAGUGGCAGCACUGACUGGUCAAGUUGAGUUCCUGCCACCCACAUGGGAGACCUGUACUGAGUUCCCAGCUUCCAGUGUGUAGCCCAGCCCAGCCCUGCCUGUUGUGAGCAUUUGGGGGAGUAAACCAGCAAAUGGGAACUCGCUUUAUCCCUCUCUCUGUCUUAAAUAAACAUGAAAAUUGAACACACAGAUUUACCCACAAGUAGUAUGGAUUUGACACCAGUUCAUCCAUUGAACCCACGUCUCACCAUGUAAUUCUACUGGGUUGACAGAAUGCCAGCCCGAGCCCUGCAUCCCUGGGCAUGCUCCAUGGCAGCCACCACGAUUGUUUCCUUACUCCAGCCGCCUGCAGUGGCACAGCUAGGAUGAGCAGAACCCCCUUUUCUGUUCAGAUUCAUGGUGGUGGUCUAGUGGAAACAUGGGGUGUUUGACUUGGAGCUGCAAGUGUGUGAGAGCCGCAAGCCUCCUGCCCGCCUUUGGAGCAGUUAAUUUCAUUUUAUUCUUAGAGGCAUAGACAGGGCACUGCUAUAUAAUUUUGGGGGUAGAAUAUAAUUAUGGGAAUAAAAAGACCCCAUUGGAUGCUUCAGGAAAACAGGUAAAAACAAGUCAUGUCAGUCUUCAGUCUUUUCCAUAUUUUCCCUGUGUGUUUAGCCACCAACAUGGGUAGCCAAUGCUGACAGUUUUCUGCAGUGACUGGGGUUUCCCAGAGAGCUCAGGUGCCUGAGUUUCAACUAGUCUUAGCCAGGAAGUCUUGGAAACUGCAAAUGCGAGUAAGUUGUGAGAAGCCCUGACUCAGGGCCUUUGAACCCCAGAUACUACUUCUUCUCUCAUCACUUUUUCUGUGUCCUGUAGUAUUUGAUUAUGGUUUUCCAGCAACAAAAGCGAUACUCAAUAUAAGAAAUUUGAAAAGAUACUGAAAAGCAGCAAAAGAGAAUAAAAGGCAUCCUUGUUCCAUUAUGCAUGUGUGGACAAAAAUUAUGAACAUUUUGGUACGUUUUCUUCUAGUAUUUUUUUCUACACAUAUAUAUGUUUACGUUGCUUGCACAUAAUGACAUUAGAAUUGGUUAUUCUCCUUUUUAAUUCACUCCUUUCAUAUUGUCGGCUCAUCAUCUUUUGCUUGGUUCUUGUCAUAGGAAAGUUUUUAAAAAAUCUUGAAGUUGUCAUUCCAGAAAAAGACUUAUCUUCUUACAGGAGGAAAAAUGUCCAUUUAGUGAAAGCUGUGACACAAGUCUAGACUUCUAAACAAUUGAGAAAAUUUUGCAAUCAGGGCUGCUUUUGAUUGAUUGAUUUUUGUUUAUUUGAGUGGUACAGCCAGAAAGAGAGAGAGAGAGAGAGAGAGCUUUCCAAAUGUCCUUGAGAGCCAGGAGCUCGGCCAAGCCAAAUCCAGGAGCCUAGAACUCCAUCCAGGUUUCCCACAUGGGUGGCAAGGACCCAAGUACUUGAGCCAUCACCUGCUACCUCCCAGCGUGUGCAUUAGCAGGAAGCUAGAUUGAAAGUGCAGCAUCCAGGAUAGAACCAGGCACUCCAGUAGAGAAUACAGGAGUCCCAAGCAGCAGGGUGACCAUCCAGAGGUUGUUUUUGAGUCUGACACUGACUAGGAGCAGAGCAGAGUGAACUGAGGACAGAAUUCCGAUACUGCAGAGGGUCGGCAGCGCUGCAGAGGUGUGAGUGCACAGUGGUAGAUGUUGCACAAUUGUUAUCAAGCCCUGUAAUUGCACAUGCAGUAUUAAUAAAUAGCUAUGUACUGAGUCAGUUGGCGCUUGCUGCAGGGAGAAGCCACAAAGGAAUCCUCACAUGUUAUAUUUUGUCUGGGGAGUUGGAGUUAAACUGGGCAUGAGCUCACGGACUAAGACCUCCCUCCUCCCCCGCAGAGAACUCAGGAAAGAAGAAAACCCUUAAGCAAAUACUUGAUUGUGGCAAUUGUGGGGAGAGUGCUGGCAUCUCUUUUAGUUACCAUUAACUCGCAUUUCAAAAAGACCAAGUGCUUUCUUGAAAAGUCAGUAUAACUUCUCUAUAAGACAUAUGAUAUCUGAGCCUGAAAGAACUGAAAAAACCCACAUUCAUUUCUAAACUGAAAAGUAUUUUUUAAUUUUAGUGAAAUAUUAGAAAAUGUGGCAACAAAUGUCAUUAAAAACACCCAUAAUACAGUUUGGUGUAUGCUUCCUGUAAUGUUUUCUUCACUUUGUUUUGCAUUUGCUUUGUUUUGCUCUGUUGCAUGGAUGUUAUUAAUCUUUGGUUGGUCAUUUAGAAGUUUCACUGCCUUUAUAACAAAUAAUGUUUCAGGGAAUGUCAUUGUGGCCAACUCUUUGCGUAAAACCUAAGUGACUCCUUUGGGUAGAUACUCAGCAAGGAGAGAGUUAGGUCAGCUCCUGAUAUGCAUUGAAGACCCACCAUCUACAUCACCAGCUGGUGUGAGGACAUGUGCCGGUUUUACUCUGUCAGUGAUAGUGUACGUGCCUUCCUCAGCCUUUAUCAACACUUUCUAAUUUGAAUGCAAGGCCAAAUAAAAUAGUAUCCUAUUCCAGUCUUACUAUGUUCAUAAUACAAGGAAGUAAAACUGAUUUUCGUACUCUUAUUGCACAUUUGAAUUUCUAUGUCAGUGAACUAUUCGUGGUCCCCUCCCCAUUCUGGGGGUUCUGUUUGUUGGGAAGUCAUAUUUUGUUACAUGUUGCACCUGUUUGGGUAUGUUUGUGGUAGGCUGUUGAAAUACAUAGCUGUAAGCUUCCUAUUUCUGAAGGAUAACAGCCGUUUUGAAUGGAAGCAUGAGAGACAAAUCAGAUAUUUAGGAGCCGUCUGGAAAUUUUUAGAGUUGGCACUUCACCCAUUUUACUGAAGGAAAUACUCCUGUAGAGGAAUGCAUGUAUUAUAUUGUGCAACACAUUAUUUUGCAGGAACGAGGCAUAAAUUGUGAAACUAGAAGUAAGGAAGACACAGACAGACCAUCACUAGUGCCUCGCAGCCCCUGACUCCUCACAGCAUGGACCUGCGGGGGCUGCUUUUCUGCUCUGUUCUCUUUCGGUGUCUGGCUGCUUCUGCAUUCGUCAGUGUUAGGUUUUCAAGAGCCAUCUAAUGCUGAGUGGCUGUAGACGUUGGUUCUCCGUGCUGUGGAGUAUUUCUUGGUGUAAACAUACCUCCAUUGAUGGAUCCAUCGACUGCGGGUGGGCAUUUGGCAGGUUCACCUUGUGAGUUACAAGGAGUGCUGCUGUGAAUAUUCCAGCACAUGAUUUUGAGUCAGGCACAGAACUGACAUUUUAACAAACUUUUCAAGUGCCCACACCCUCCUGUCUUCUUCAGUGACAGCUCUUGAGCAAAGGCAGGGACAGCACAGACCUGUGAUGCAUAGUGUUUUUGUUUUCCCUUUCCUUGGCAUUACUCUUAUAAAGUAAGGGCGAGAGUAAUGAAGUUCUAACAAGGUACUGAGUUCUGAUUUAAAUUGUAGAUAAUGACUGCUGGCUUCAGGCUGAGCUAUCAUUUAUAGAUGAAGAAUUAUAUCUUAGGAGCUAUUAUUUUCCUUAUCAGUUUUUCUUGAUUCACCCUAGUAAAUUGAAGGCUCAAAUUGUCUUAAGAGGAAGGAGUUUAUUAACUUACUGGUCUCAUAAGCAACCUUCUUUGGUUUACUAGUUUAAUGAAAAACACAUCUUUGGGGUAAGAAAUUGGAUUUAGGCCAUGUGCAUGCAUGAGUUGAUGUUGAGAGUUGUACCAAAUCUGGAUCACGUUGCUGUGUGAUCUUUUGGUAGAAUUAAAUAAAAGGCAUUAAAAAAAUUUAUAGCUGCCUUUUACCAGCCUUAUGUCUGUGUUGUUUUUUUUUUCCUCUCUAGAUUCUUUGGCUGACAUGAUUUUUGAAGUUCUGCCAUACUCACUUAUCAGCCUGUGGCAAAUGCAGUCCUCACCAGGGUUAAGAUGAAAGGCUGAUAGUUUAAAAAAAAAUCCAUGUGCUUUAUAAAAAUGCCCUACCUUUCUCAGGAAUUGCCAGGAUUUCCUUGAUUUCUCCCCCUCUCCUUCUUAAUACAUAGGGGAAAAGCUAAAUUCUUAUACUUUAUUCUUUAAAACUUCAAGUAUGUGUACAUCUAUUUAAAAGUUAUCAAUACUUCACAAAACAUGUCUAAACUGACAAUUCAGUGACUCAAAGGCAGCCAAGUACUUGCUGGUGCAUUUCCAAUUUUAUGGGCAUCUCCGCAAACGAUGAAUCACUUUGUACUUCCCUCAUCUACAUGGGCUAAAUAUUAAUCUCCACAGCAACGCCCAUGAGUAUUGAACAGAUGAAAAAUUAAUGGUGGGAGAGAGGAAGUCUGCACUAUAGUAGCUCAUGUCCGUUUUUCUUGCCCUUUUCCAUUUAUUUUUAUUUUAAUUUUCAUUUCCAUGGCUUUUCAUGUCCUUAUACCAUUUUCUCUGCCAUUAAAGGACACUAGCUGUAAGCUGAUAAAUAACAGCCUAAUGGUCUUAAAUAGUUAUCUAGCAACAGUUAACAGGGACGUAAGAGCUCAGAACCAAACCCUGGCAAAAUGCUGCCUUAGGAGACUUCUGUCUGCUUUUUCCCAGUUUGUCGCUCCUUCCCUGCUUGGAGGUGUACGCCUUCUGUGUCUUGAGGUCCUGUCGCCAUGGCCCACAUGGACACCCCUGUGUCCUUUCCUCUGGGGCCUGCUUCUGAUCACAAGGAUGCUUGUUGCUGCUAUUGCUACCCUAGAGAAAAAAACAGCCCUGUCACUGUCAAGUACUGGAAGCCCCUCCCCCUGCUCUCCCGUUCAUUCAGUGAUUCAUUCAUCUGUAGGAUAAUCAUUUAGUGCCUGUGGUAUGCGAGGUAUAGGACAAACACCAUAGCUACCAAGGCCCAGCCCCUGCCCUCAAGGAGUUUUUUCUGCUGGUGGAGACACACAAGUAACAGGGCAGUGUGAGAUGCCCUGUGUGUGUGUGUGUGUGUGUGUGUGAGUGGAGUGGAAAGUUGGGCAGGCCCAGAGUUUGAAGGCAGCCAGGUUUCCCGAUGGUCUGAGGAACAGAACAGUGGCACAUCCUUCUAAAGACUUCUAAGUGUGAGGACCACCAUUACUUUGCACAUUGCUUCAGAUUCCAUGAAGAGUUUGCUUUACGCUCUCAAAAUUAUGAGAGAAUGUCAUGGUACUUCAGGAAUUUCAUUCCACGGAGAAUGGAAUUAAAACAUAAAUAUUUCCUUUGAUCCAAAAACUUUUGGAAUACAUGCAUACUUUAGGUGAGUUUUUUUAGAUUUCCCAGUGCUUUGGAUUUUUCUUUUGUGGUUUGCAUCCUUUUUUCUUUUCUUUUCUUUUUUUUUUUUGCAAGACCAUAUUUUCAGUUGAAUUUUUCAGAAUAAUAGCAUGCUCACUUCAUAGAAUCGACUUGCAAGUAGCUUUUUAGGGCUUUCUUUCUGUGAUGAACUCAGCAAGGCACAAAAGAAGUUCGUGACUUGCUAUCACCAGCAACUAAUUUUCAGUGAGACAAGGCUUAGACAUGGCAAAAGUGAGACUCCACAAUGUACCAGCGUUGUUUUUAUUUAAUGACAUAAUAAAUCCUGUGAUAUAUCACUAUCUUCAUGAGCUGACUAUGAACAUUAAACUAAUCCAUUACUUGUGUUUUCUCAUUUUCAAAUGUCCAUGUGGAAAAAAUGGCUCCAUAUUUGGGCUUCAGGAAUGUGCAUUUCUAAGGAAGAUAUUUCUAAGAGUAGUUAAACAUCUUCCUAGCCCCCAUGAAAACCUCAGUAGUUUUGUACAUAAUUUUAACUCUUAAAACCUUGAAAUAGGCACAUAACCAGACAGUUCGUAUUAGGUAAGGAAGAAUUUUACCAAAAUGUUGGGUGGAUUCUAUGUUUCUUUUAAGUUUUUUAAAUGUUGUACUUUUAUUUCAUUUGAAUGGCAGGGAGACAGAAAGAAAUAGACAUAGAGAGCCAGGUCUGAGCCAGGCCAAGGCCAGGAGCCUGUAACCUGGUGUGGGGCUCCCAUGUGAGUAGCAGGGAGCCAGCCACUGAGUUAUCACCUGCUGCCUUCUGCGGUAGGCAUUAGCAGGAAGCUGGAAUUGGAAGCAGAGCUGGGACUCAAACACAGGCACUCUGAUCUGGGAUGUAGGUGUGUCUCAAAACACCUGCCUCAGUGCUGUGUUUCCUGUAGGAGGGAUCAAACAAAGAUAUUCAACAGACUUGCAGUACCUGCCAGUACAUGCAGCCUACUGAACAGUGAUGCGCAUGUCUCAUCCCUUCAUAAUUUCAUUAUUGUUUUCUCUGGCAGUAAUGAGCUCCUAGAAUGAAAGAUUUUAUUACACAAAAACAAAAGCUUUUAUUAUGUUGCUUAAGUGAAUUGAAACACAGCUUUCAAAACUUACCUGUUUAGUUGCAGGGAUAUCGUCAGAAUUUUUUUAGUGAUUAUUUUUCUACUUAUGCCAUUAACUUAGAAUAUGUAUUUUUGCAAACUUAUAGUUUGAUAAUUUUUUACAUCAGCAGAUUUCAAGUCUAUCCAGAUGGAACCAUGAAAACCAUAAAACAGGCUGGCGCCGCGACUCAAUGGGCUAAUCCUCUGCCUGCGGCGCGGGCACACCAAGUUCUAGUCCCGGUUGGGGCACCAGAUUCUGUCCCAGUUGCUCUUCUUCCAGUCCAGCUCUCUGCUGUGACCCGGGAGUGCAGUGGAGGAUGGCCCAAGUCCUUGGGCCCUGCACCCGCAUGGGAGACCAGGAGAAGCACCUGGCUCCUGGCUUUGGAUCACCGCAGUGCGCCGGCUGCAAUGCACUGGCUGUAGCGGCCACUUGGGUGGUGAACCAACAGAAAAAGGAAGACCUUUCUCUCUGUCUCUCUCACUCUCUCACUCUCUCACUGUCUAACUCUGCCUGUCAAAAAAAAAAACAAAAAAAAAAAAACAAAAAAAAAAACAAAAAACAUCAGGGGUCAAGUGAAAGCUAUACAAGGUUAAGGAGGAGAGUCACUGGGUUUGCCAGAUCCAUGAUUUGCUCAGGGGUUCUGAUGUAGAAAGAAGAGAGGUACUGUAUUGGAUGGAGGCAGCAUUGGGUCCAACGAGAGAAAAGACAAAGACAACUGCAGUCGGAGAACAGGCAAAUCAGAGCCAGGUAGGUAGCUACAAGGGCAGGGGUGAGUUGGCGAUGGGGAGGAGCUUUCUUUGAAGGUGUUCGGAGAGGUGUGACAGUCAGAGACGAGAUGGAAGAGCACUCUUUAAUGUGGGGCAGAGAGGAGCAGAAUGAAAGGAGAGGCAGGUACAUGGAGAUAAAUGACUGUCUUGGUUUUAUUCCUAGUAUGAGGCCCGUGGCAAGAAGACUAUGGCCUGAAUAUUACAGAAAGGGAUCAGUACUGCAAAGAAUCACUGUUUGGAUGGAAGAUCUACAAUGUGUGAAUGUGAUUUUUAUUUGACAAGAGAACACUGGUUUGUGGUAUAGAUUUGAAGAUUGAAAAUACAAGAAAGCAUUUUCCUGCUCCUUCCCUUGGAUCUCUUCUCUCCAGCACUUCAGAGCCAAUAAUUCAUAGGAAGGGAAGCAAAAACGAGCCUCCGUUAGGCAGCAGAGCUCUGCAAGGCUGGGCUGCGUCAGAGCCAAGGGAGGCAGCCGCCCCUUGGCCAUGCCGAGGCUGAAGUCCUGAGGGUUGCUGACAUUCUGCUGAUGGAACCACAUGCAUUCGUUUUAGGGAGGAGCGUUCACAUUUGCUAGCUGGACCAGGAUUUUUUUUUUUUUCUUUCUUUCUACAAGUCAGAAUAGACUGGUGGGACCCAGUAGAAUUAAUGAAGUUGUCAGGCACACACAAAAUCUGGAUUAUAUCUUUUUUGGUUGUCAUCUUCGCCAACUCUUCUUGCACUCUUUCGUAGAACAGGACCAGACGAUGGGAUUAGGAUGGAAGGAUUCGUGUUUGGAUGAUUCGGCAGCAGCAUGGUGUGAAAUCUGUUAUUUAUCUAAAUUCAAAGCUUUUCUGCCAAGAUAUAAGAAUUUCCCUUUAUGUCAAUACCGAGUGAGUUAAAGGAUAAAGGGAACUGCACAAAAUACAGAUGUGCUCAACUCAAACUACUGCUUUGGGCUAGCAGAGCAAUUAUUAUAUUGUGGGUGAGCUGAUGUGUUGCUGAGCAGUUAGGCUGAGGUCGGUCAGUCCCGCUGACGAUUUGAAUCUGAGACAUUUCCAAGUGUGCUCUCGUCCAAACCUCCUCUGUGAAGGUCCACCCCGUCUGAGCUCCAUACUCAGCACCUGGAGCGGAGCUCUUCCCCACUGUGUGCUUGCCUCACACUUCCUUUAUGGUCCGUUCUGUGGGCUCCACUUCCCUUCUCUGAUUGCUCGAUGUCUAGAAAAAUCAACCACGAGAGCCUCGAGGGCAGCAGGUGUUUUGUUUUCACUCCUUGGAGAGCCGUGUCUCGUCCUGGGACAGCAGCCCUUGGCUUGGCUGCGUCUGUGAACUGAGUGUGGAGGAGGUCGGACCCAGGCCCGUCUGUGUUGUUUGUGUUGACGCAGCCUGCAAUGCACACAAAUGCAGAAACAUCCUGAUGGCUGUUGCUUCUGAACCUGAGCAGAAAACUCCCACUUUGAUGAGACAGGAAGUCUCAGAAACUUCACUCCUAGAUGUGCCUCCUGUUAACAAAAUUAUAUGCCAGCUUGGGUCCUAUAAUUGUCAGGUUUAAAAUCAUAGAGAACUGAUUUGAUCUAUGACUUGCCACUGGGAGGGAGUUAAUCUCACUGUCUGUUUCCUUUACCUGCAAAGUGGGGCACUCUUGGUAUCCACCUCAUUAUUUAAGGCUUGGAAGCAUGAAAAUGAAGCAUUUUUGAAGGGGCGGUUGCUUUAUUUUUGUAUAUAUUUACAAGAUACGUUGCAUAGUUUCCCUAAGGCAUGUUCUCAGCAUGUCCGGAGGACAGGCAGAUCAGGGGCACAGCACACUUUCUGAAAAAGUCCCCCUAGUGAAUAUUUUCAGAACUGUGCAGGCCCGACUGUCUCCGGCAGUACUGGACUCUGCUGUUCUAAGUUAAAUGCAGCCAUAGACAGCGUGAGAAUGAAUGAUCCUGGCUGUGUUCCAAUAAAACUUUACUCAAGGACAAUGAAAUCUGAAAUUUCCUAUGAUUUUUGUAUGUCAUGAAAUAGUAUUCUUUUGAUGAUUUCUCAGCCAUUAAAAAUGUAAAAUGUGGUGUGGACAUUUGGUAUGGUGGUUAGCUCGCUGCUUGGGAUGCUCUCGUCCCGUACUGGAGUGUCUGGUUCCUGUCCCAGCUCUUCUGCUUUCAUUACAGGUUCCUGCUGAUGUGCACUCUGGGAGGCAGCAGGUGAUGGUUCAAGGAGUAGGAUCCCUGUUACUUAUGUGGGGCACCCGGACUGAGUUCCUGGCUCCUGGCUUCAGCCUGGUCCAGCCCUGGCUGCUGUGGGCAUCUGGGGUGUGGCUAGCAGAUGCAAGUUCUCUGUCUCUAAUAAAUGUUGAUUUUGAGCUUUACUCAAGGUAUAUCAGAGAAGUGGGUGAAACAAAUGACUAGCUAUAAUUACAGGUUAUUAAAUUAGGCUUUUUUAAAAUGUGAAAUAGGGGAUCUUAUCUCCCUGGUGCCUGAUAAAGAAGAAUAUUGAUUUGUUCUCUGGGGGAACAUGCAUGAGAAGUUGGCUGGAGUUGAGUGGUCAUGUUUCACUUUAUAGCAAAGGAAGCAGCAGCCUAGGGAAACUCUAUGACAUGCCUAGAGGUAGAGCUUUUCAGCACUGGCACUAGAUGGUCCCCAGCCCUGGCCAGUGUACUUCCAUCUUCCCUCCCUAUUUGGCAUUAUUCUCACAUAUCAUGAGCUUAGUGAUAGUACCUAGGAUUCAGAAAUAGUAGUUUUUAAAGAUCUGCUUCAUAUGUUCCUAUAUCAGCCCUCAGAAAACCCAGUGAAGCAAGGGAGCAAGUUUUAUGAUCUGCCUUUUAUAGAAGAGGCAACUGACCAUCUGAUGUGUCUUAACAUACCCUCGGUCAUACACCCAUUAAGUGCUAGGAGCAAGUCUGGGAACUAGGUUUUUCUAACUCCUUUUAUUAUACCAUGCUGCCUUAUUAUACUUCAUGGCUGCUGAUGUCAUUAAUACCCAAACAUUAAAAAAGAAAUUGAAAAAGAAAUAACAUCCUGCCAUGGUUCCAGCCCUUGGCAGUGAUUUUUAAGUGGAGCUCUGUGUUAUGAGAAUUUUUGCUUUCAAAAUGCUGCAUGCGCCUCCUGUAAAAGGUUGAAUGAGAUGAUUUUAUUUUUGGUAAGUGGCCCAUGUAAGUUUAUUAUUUAUUUAUUUUGGUCCUUUUUGCUCCAGCUCCUGUGGGUAAAUGAAGCACUGCUGUAUUUUUAUUGCAUGCCCCAUCAUUAAAAGAAAUUGAAAAGACGCUUGUUAGUUUUAAUAUUGCAUGAAUGGAAAUAUAUCUGGCAUUUUUAGGAACAGUUACAAUUCCUAAUAGUGCAUUUGAAGAAGUAGUCUGGUUUUGUUCUUGAUUAGAAAAAGAGGAAACUUUCUUAAAUUUGCUAUAAUUUGAUAAUCAUCUUUAGUUAUGGAGGGAGAACAUGUAUGUAGUAUGAACCCAACUUUAUGACUCAUUCAACAUUCCCUCCUGGCCUUUGGGGGUGGAUUUUACUCCUGGGCAGCAUGAAGGGUCGUUCAUUUGUUGGUAAAUAAUCCAAGCAAAGCUGCUUCCAAGUACACGUUUUCCCUCUUUAUAAACCAUAUGCUUCUUUAGUAAUUGGACAUAUGCCCCUUUUAAUAAACUACAUGUGGCUUUAACUGGUGGAGCCAUUGUUAAGUUAAAUAUAAACCAGAUAAUCGACUACUUCUUGCAUCUAAACCUGCAACACAAUCUCCCAGAAGACAGUGUAAAAUAUUCCACAAAACAGCUAUUCAGAGACAUUAUGGAAAGGUAAGUUGAGGCAGGGAAGGGUAUGGAGGAAUGGUAGAGACAAAUGCAGUUACCAGAAAAUAAUUCAGCUUGAGCGUCAGGUGCCGUGUGCACUGCAAGGCACAGACUUGGCAGUAACAACAGCAGGAGUAGAACAAGGACUUCAGAGAAGUUUCUGGACCACAUUUCAUGACUGGCUUGAAGUUUACAACUAAGUUCAUUUUAUUAAAGCCUGAAGUUGCCUUUCUUGGUAGCCUUCAUAAGAAGAGGUAAUCUUCACAGAUACCCAGGGGAAAAUGGCAAGCAAAGCAAGGUUCUAUAGCUUUCAAGAUUCUCUGCAGAAGACACUUUGCAGGGGUUAAUAAAACAGGAAUGUGUAGUGCGUGAGAAAGUCAUGCCUUGGUCAUCACUUACCUCUGGGGUGAUGUCCUAGUCCAUUUUCUGUUGCUAUACCAGGAUGCCUGAGACUGGGUAAUUAAAAAAAAAAUAGAAUUCUCUUUAACUCAUGAUUGUGGAGGCUGGGCAGUUCUGGAUCCUGGUGCCAGUGUCUGCUCAGCAUUAGGUGAGGACCUUCUCACUUAUUGGGGACGUGGCAGAGAGCAUCACAUGGCAGACAGAGCAAGUGAGCCAGAGUGAGUUUGCUUUUAUAACAGAACCACUCCUGCGAUAGCCCAUUGGUCUGGGAAUGCAUGAAUGUAUGAACCCAAUCACAAGGAUAGAGCCUUCAUGAUUGAGUCGCUUCCUAAAUGGCCCACCUCCAUAUUGCUGCUUUGAAGACCAAGUUUCCAACAUUCAGACUUUUGGAGAACACAUUAAAAUCAUAGCAAACCACUUUAAGCAACUUGCACAACCCCUGUUAAACCUUAGAAUUUUGACCUGAACCUUGGGGGAUGAUACUGCAUGCCACAAAGGCCCGUGGUGACGAGUGGAAUGAAUGCGUGUGGAGCAGUUAGCUCUGGCCUGGCAUUUAGUAACUGGUAAAUGAGCAGUUGAGGGGCACUCAUCAGUGUUGCUAACGCACUCAUCCUUGCACGUCUUCUGGGGCUGGCCUGCUGGAAGUUAGGGUGACAGUCUUGCCAGGAGGGACAUCAGGACAUUUUUAGUACUAGUUUGGAAGUCAUCUGUAUAUAGAUAUAAAAUAAUUAAAAUGGUCGUGUGAUUUUUAAAUAAGCUAAUUUAUUCAUAUCUCCAUAAAGCCCUAUAGUAAUUGCAAGUGCUAUUAAUACAUGUAAAACUCGCUUACUGUGUCUUUACUAUAAAGGCACUAAAAACGUUCACAGCAAAAUAAAAUUAAAAGAUAAGUUUAUUUCAGUGCAAAAGAUUUUUGAAACCCAGCGUAGUUUUUUCAUAAUACAGAUUUUUCAUGACCUUUUUGAAGUGCCUUAUUGUAUCGUAGCUGUUUUACGAGGUAUAAUAGUUUGAGUAAGGCUUCAGAAAAUAAAUUCAUGGGAUAACUUUUCAAUCUGUGUGUGUACCUAAUUUGGAUUUCUUUUGAGAAUUAUAGAGAAGAUCAUUCUUAUGAUAGGAUGAAAAUGAGCACAGUGUUUACGGCACCAGAUUGGAAGCCUGAGUUCUAUACUCCAGUGGCUGAGUUUGAGUCCUGUCGUUCCUGCUGAAUCCAGGUCCCUGAUAAUGCACACCCUGGGACACAGCCGGUGAUGGCUCAGAGUAGCUUGGCCCCUGCCACACAUGUGGGAGAUCUGGAUGGAGUUCCUGGCUCCUAGCUUUGGCCUUGCUCAGCCCCUUCCAUUGUGGGCAUUUGAGGAAUAAACCAGCAGAUGGGCUCUCUCUUCUCUGUCUCAGUCUUUCAAAUGAAUUUAACAAAAACUUUUAAAACUUCAAACUGAUUGUCUUUUUCCUUAUUCUAAAACGACUGGGAAAUAUAGAAGGUAAACAAAGAAGUAAUCCAUAAGAAUAUUUUCAUGCUAUUUUGGUACAUUUCCUGAAGGUUUUUUUUUUUUUUCCUAGAAAUAAUUAUGUAGUUCUCUUCCUUCCACCUUCCUUUCCUCCCAAAAAGUUGAAUCUUUAAGAUGCUCACAGACAGUUUAGCCUGGCAGGUAGGUGAGUGGACUCCAGAUUCUAAUCCAGUCUCUGUCACUGUCUAGUUGUGUUUUCUGGGACACAUAUGGUUCAGUUUUUCCAUCUGUGCAAUUCAGAUCAUAAUCAAACUGGCCUCACAGAAUCAUCAGGUAUAAGGUGCUUAGAACAGUGCUUGGCACAAAGUGAAGUUUGAUAUAGUGAGUGUUUGCCCUUACUUUCCUCUGUUCAUUAAAGCUGUGUAUUUAAUGACAUGGUAUUCCAUCAUAUCAUAAGGUAAAUGGACAGUUACACUUAAGUUUCUUGUUAUAAAUUACACUGUGACGAACAUCCUUGAAUAUAAAUCAUUGCCUUUGCAUUUGCAAUUUUUUUCCUUAAGGUAUGUUAUAGAGGGAUGGGCAUUGGGGCACCGUGGAUUAAAUUGCUAUUUGGGACACCUACAACCCAUAUCACAGUGCUGGUUCAAGUCCUGGCUACUCUAUUUCUGUUCCAGCUUCCCAUUAGCACGUCCUGGGAGGCAGUGGGUGAUGGCUUAAGUGCCUAGGUCCCUGCCAUCCACAGGAGAGGCGUGGCCAGAGUUUCCAGCUCCUGGCUUUGGCAAGAGUUUGGGGUGUGAAUCCUUGGAUGAAAGAUAUCUUCUCUCUCUCUCUCUCUCUCUCUCUUUUCUCUCUCCUUCUCCCCCAUCUCUCCUUGCCUUGACGGAAAACAAAUACAUAAACAUUAAAAGAAAGAUACAUCCUGGAACUGCAACCACUUGGUACACUUGGUUGCUUCCGGAAAUAUAGGAGGGUACUUCACAAAGCUAGUGGGAAGACAGAAUUAAAAGAUAACAUUCUUUUUGUGCAAAAAUUUUGAAAUCCCUAUGUAGGUUUUUCACCAUACACAUUUCCAUGAACUUUCUGAAGACCCCCUCAUGUGUGCCUUUAAUGCUGCGCCAAAGUUACCAUCUCCUGAGAACCUCCCUAACACUCAACAUUAAUUUUGUAAUGUUCCUAAUUGUUUUCUGGGUGCAAGCUUUAAAUCUGAAGUGUGUUUGUUCCUCAAGGGGAGGCCUGGCAAACCACAGUUAGCUCAUAGUGGAGCCAAAUCCAGCCUACAAUUUGUUUUCUUAAAAUAAAUUUUAUUGUAUAUAUUUAAUGUAUACAACAGGUUGUUGUGGGAUAUAGAUACAUAGCAAAAAUGUUACUAUAGCAAUGCAAAUUGAUAUAUCCAUCACUUCAUAUAACCACUUAGUUUUGGUUUUGUGGCAACAGCAGCUACAGUCUGAGCAUGAAGCCGGUACACAGUAGAAUUUUGUUACCUGCAGUCCUUGUGCUGUAUGUUGGUCUCUGGACUUGUUCAUCCUACACAUCUGCUACUUUGUAUCUACUACCCAUUUUUGGAGCCAAGAGUAAAUUCUUACAACUUCAGUUGCGACCAUGAAAAUUAUGUGACAUUCAAACUGUGUCUGUAAAUAAAAGUUUCACUGGAACACAGCCACGCUCACUGAUUUCCAUAUUGUCUGUAACUGCUUCUGAGUAGUUAUGAGGUUUACAGAACUAUGUGUUGGGACAUUGAUCACAAUUCAAGUUCAAAUUUAUUUUGUAUUUAUUGACGUUGAGUGAGGAGGUCUCAUAGGCAAAUAUUUUUUUUUUUUUAUUUUUUAUUUAUUUAUUUUUUUGACAGGCAGAGUGGACAGUGAGAGAGAGAGACAGAGAGAAAGGUCUUCCUUUGCCGUUGGUUCACCCUCCAAUGGCCGCCGCGGCCGGCGCGCUGCGGCCGGCGCACCGCGCUGAUCCGAUGGCAGGAGCCAGGAGCCAGGUACUUUUCCUGGUCUCCCAUGGGGUGCAGGGCCCAAGCACCUGGGCCAUCCUCCACUGCACUCCCGGGCCACAGCAGAGGGCUGGCCUGGAAGAGGGGCAACCGGGACAGAAUCCGGUGCCCCGACCGGGACUAGAACCCGGUGUGCCGGCGCCGCUAGGCGGAGGAUUAGCCUAGUGAGCCGCGGCGCCGGCAGAAUGUUUUUAAUAUGGAGAGGUAUUCCCAAAGAGUAGAGUAUGCCAUGAAUAUCCUCGUGAUGGAAUGAGUGACCAACAUAAAUAAGAGAACUGUUUGUGUAAAAGCUGCCUAUAUAGAAAAGGUGCUACCAGGGCUGAUGCCUUUGGAAACAUCCUGCUGAGGGGUGAUGGGGUCUCCUGAUGCCCUUUUGGAGGGGAACCCAUUGCAGGUCCAAGGAGUGUUACUGCAAUACUGGGUCUGUUAGGAAACAAGGAAGAGAAUAGGAGUCUAUUCUACAUUCUCCUAAGAGGCUGGGUUUGGUGUAACCUGUUUUAGAGUGUAGAAGUAACUGAACCCUUUCAUUGCCUAAAUAAUAUCACAGGUAUACUUAAUAUCAAUGGUUGGUGAUACUUUCAUAGAGAAAUCUGUUUUUAGUUUUAAGGACAGGCUACCGAAGCUACCAACAAUAUACCUGCCAUGUUACCCGUUUCAUCAGAACUAUCUUUAGAAAACCUGAAUGCACACAUAUAAAACAGAAUUUUUUUUAUUUCAAGUAUAUUGGAAAAAAUUUGUAUCAUAGUAUGAAGAAAAUCCAGUGUGUUUCCUACAUUAUACUAAUUUUAGGCUGAGAUGAAUUAUAUGGCUAAGUAAACUUAAUUUAAAUGAGUUAACAUUACAAUUUAGGACAGCAUAAAUAAAGCUACUAGUUUAUAUCACUUAUUUUCCACCAUUUUCCUUGUUGUCUGAAGUGUAGAAAUUCCAAAUGUGUGCGUUUCAGUGGAUUUUUACAUUGCAUGACACACACGUACCCCCAAGCUCGUGAGCGUAUCUGGUAGCAUUAGCGGUGGCCUGGCAGAGAAUAGGCGCCUUAUAUUUUGUUGAUUGAAGAAAUAGCUACUUCAAGUCCACCUAAUUACUUCAGUGGCAGAUGGAAUAAAUACCAGUUGCAAAAUCCACUAUUUUAGGGACACAGGGAAGAAUUAACUGUUUCCAUUCCUGUGACUUUCCUUGGUGAGGGGACAUUUUGUGAAUUAGUUGAAUUUCCGUGCUACAUCCAACCAAGAGGCAAGGUGUUAAGCCAUUCUGAUGCUCUGCCUUAUUUAUAGCCAUGACCCAUUCUUCUUCCCCCUCUUACAGUUAAUAGAAAGAUUCAUGAUUCUUCAUGGUUGUCUAUCUAGUGUCUGACAGUCCCGACUGCCUGCUAAAGCAAGUCACUAUCUAUAAUUGAUAUCCUUCCGUGGAAUAGGGUGCUGGCUGCAAUUGAAGGGCUUUGCUGAAAGCUCUUAAAUCCUGACAAGUUCUCCCCUUGUUCUGGUUCAGUCGCUGAGCUGCACGGUUGGAAUUCCAGAGUUAUUUGAACUUGGUGCAAAAGGGAGACAUGUGUUUCACAUUAGCAAAUCACAAAGUUGAAGAAGAGAAUUAGGAACUGGGCUGACUUUGCCCGCCAGGUAGUCUCAUUUCCAGUGUAAUGCACUCCAUGCACUCUUGAAAAGAUUACCUCGUCCGUUACUGUCCGAACAGAUGGGCUAAAUGUUGCCUUCCCUUCUCUUCUUUCUUUUAAGCCUCUCCCUUUCUCCAAUUGUGUUUCUCUUCUAGCUUUGCUGCUGGGUUCCUUAUCACUAGCAUGGUUAAUUAAGUUAUCUUUCCAGCAAGAUAAUUAUAAUUGUGCUUAGUUACUCUCAAGCUAAUACUGAAUUUGCCAUAAAUUUAUUUCUAUGACCAGAAGCUAAAAAGAUAGAUGGAUAUUUUUGUUAACUGUUUUUGCUGUACUUUAUUGCUUUGUUGGUGUCAGUUAAAAUAGAAGGGAACCAGAAAACAAAAAUAGUAUGUUGUACAAAAACUAAUUUGAGUCCAGUUUGGGUAACACUGAAUUAUGGAUUUGUCGAACUGCGGGUAUUUUCUCUUCCCUUGAUAUCUGAAUGACACAUAUUCUAAUAUCUCAAAAUAAGUUGAUAGUCCAUGUGUUUUCUCCAGUUUUGAAUUAACCUGACCCUCUUUUCAUUGUUGUACGUGAAUCUUAAAUCCAAAUAUGCUUGUGGAAAUUGGAGAAUAUCAAGUGUUGCUUGGUUUUGUUUUGGCUUUGCUGUGACACUGGUUUAGCUUGUGUUAUUAUGUAAAGCAGCUCAGCUCGGCUCCUCAGCUGGGUGAGCUGUGCCUCUAGUCCUUGCUGAGAUCAGUUUCCAUCUUGUUUCGAUUUUGUCCUGGAAGUAAGUUGCACCUUGCGCUCUGCUAGUUGAGGUGUCUGAAACACUCCUAGCGUCCAGUGCAGGUUUGGCUCAGGGUCUCUGAAACUUUUCCUUCACGUGUCAGCUGUGAGUGGCAUUUUAUAAACUACCCAUGUUUUGAGAAGUUUUUUAAAAAGAAGAUAAAAGAGUAACAAGAAUAAUAUGGGUCUCAGUGUAGAGCGCACUACUCAGUGGCUAGUUUAUGUUA